GUAAAAAAAAAAAAAGUAAGUGAGAAGAGCUGCUACAAGUUUAAAUUGAAGAGAAUGAGAUUAAAUGUACAAAGUAUUGUCCAGGAGUAAACAAUAUACAGUGUGCAAUUAAUAAUAAUAGUAAUAAUAGUGAUAAUACAAGUUGCAUUGAUGCAAGGCGCCAUGUUAGAUCAAAGAUCACAGAUUUGCGAAUAUAAAAUUAUGACUUUCAGUAUUUAUAUGGGCGCACUAGACACAAAAAAUGCAAACCUAUGCUUUAAGCCAUUUAAGUCUUUCUAAAGAAUUAAAGAAGAGUUUUAAUUCGUUUUCAAAAAGCUGACAAUGUUGGAAUUUUCGUUCACAUGCCAAAAUUACAAGCUCACUUAUUUUCCAAUAGUCCGUAAAGGCAUCACGACUCGGAAUACGGCUGAACCCAGAGUGGGUGUGGUCAAGGUUGCGUCACAGUAUUUUGUUGCUAGGCUUCUAGCUUGCGGCUUCUCCAGAAAAUCUCUACACCUGUUUUUUUCUUCUCGAAAUAACACAGUCAUGCAAACGUCGCGAUAGUUUUAUAACGACAGCGCUAUGCACAUAUAUACAUUGGACAUUUGUAAACAAACAAAUGGUGCUUAGCCUCGCGCUUGGGUCAAACAAACACAGUGUUUAGUGUCGGAGGGCAGCUCGGCCAUCCACAUCUAGGCGCUAAAGCCGCUGCUUGCUAGCAUCCCCGUAGCCAGCGUGUCAACAGGUUGCUGCAGUGUUAACUCGAGGCAGUCAAAUCCCCCAAACAAGCUGUCAAGAUGGACCUGCAGAGAGCUACAUGACAUGACAUGACAUGACACAAGUGUAUGUUGGCAACUAAUCAAAAGUUACCCUGAACUGGAAGGGCACAAAAUGGUGAAAGUUUUCCCAUUUACACCUCCAUUCUCAUGACAUGAACAGGAAGAUAUGGGCAUCCUAAGACUGGUAGCCAGAAUCAUGGGUAGGAUCAGUACUUUCAGAUCCUAUCAGUUUGUGCUGCUCCUGGCUGCUGCACUUGCUGUUGUAGCUUUUUACUACUUUGGCUCAGAGAAGCAGAACUUCUCCAGCACCACCAAGAGGAUCAAGCAGACUCAAGCGAGCCACAACAGCAACAGAAAUGAUGCGGACCUAACCGUGGACACCAGGCUCUCACACCCGCCUGGAUCUGAGGAGCAAGAGCGGGACGUAGGAGGAGAGAGUGAAGGUUUUAGCAAAGGGGACAGCGAGGACGUUGAGCAACGCUACCAUGCACUCAUGAUGUUCACCAAGGUGGACAAAAGUCGGAGCCUGCAGGACAAGUUCAGGGUGGCCAUGUUGUCGAUGGUGAAGCACAGUCACUUCCUGGAGGGAGAGGUGCUGGUGCUUCAUUUUGUGAGCGAUCAGGCCAGUCAAGAACUGGGAGAGAGGAUGCUGCAGGAAUUUCUCCUAGACGCAACAUUCAAGUAUGAGGUGUUGUUCCAUGACGUGGUGGCCCUCACACAGAAGCUGUUCCCUAUCGUGGAGGCCAUGCAGAAGCACUUCAGCGCUGGCUCUGGAGCUUACUACAGCGACGCUAUCUUCUUCCUGUCUGUAGCCAUGCAUCACAUCAUGCCUGAAAGCCUGGAGCGUAUAGUGCAGCUUGACCUGGACCUGAAAUACAGAACCAACAUCAGGGACCUCUUCCAAGAAUUUGAUCGCUUUACUUCCGGAGCGGUAAUAGGCAUCACCAGAGAGAUGCAGCCAGUCUACAGACACACAUUCUGGCAGUAUCGUAAGGAGAACCCUGAGACUAGAGUGGGUGAGCCUCCUCCUGAGGGCCUCCCUGGCUUCAACAGUGGUGUGAUGUUAUUGGACCUAGGUGCAAUGAGGACCUCAGCUCUCUACAACCAGCUGCUGAAGCCCAGCAACGUGGCCAAACUAGCCGACCAGUACCGCUUCAGGGGCCACCUCGGGGACCAGGACUUCUUCACCAUGAUCGGCAUGGAGCAUCCUGAACUGUUUUAUUCCCUGGCCUGUGGAUGGAACCGACAGCUGUGCACCUGGUGGAGGGACCACGGAUACGGAGAUGUGUUUCAAUUGUAUUAUCGCUGCGACGGGCCCGUCUAUAUCUACCACGGGAACUGUAACAGCCCCAUUCCAGACGACUGACGGAGGGACUGGACUGCUGCUCUUUUUCCUGCUAAUUUAGGAGGGAAAUUUAGACUUUUUUUAGCCAUUUCCCUCCUUGACCAUUAUCAUCUCUGUAUUCACAGACUCUGCCUCCUGCUGGUCAAGGGGCUACUGAGUUACCCUCUUAUACACACUUGCUUACAUGUAUGGUGUUCAUCUGUGUUAUCCUAGAAUAAUGAACUCACUGUCAACAUCAAGUUUUUUUAAAAAAAAAAAAGUUUUAUAUAUUAUUUGAUUUCAAUAAAUUUUGUAUUUGUUUUGAGGCGAAUCCAAAAGACCACUAGCCAUGUUUUACACAAAAUGGUGUAAGCUAUUUUUAGCCAUUAAUUCAAAUCAAGAGAAAUAUUAUAUGAGAUGAAUUAU